UCUUCAAAUAAGACCUCCUGCUCAUCACUUGAUCAAUACAAGAGUCAUUGCUAAAACCGGCUGCACUCAUCUUAGAUUUUUACAACAGAAAUUAUGGCAGAUAUCGUCGGAGUUAAUACCGUUGAUCAACUUAAGGCAAACAUCUCUCUUUCAGCUUCGGGCGUGGAUGGAUUAAACGGAGAGAAAGUAAAAGCUGUGAACUUGGGUAAUUGGUUGGUUAUUGAAGGAUGGAUGAAACCUUCACUAUUUGAAGGCAUUCCAGUAGGAGAUAUGCUUGAUGGAGCAAAGGUUCGGUUCAAAUCCCUGAGCUCAAAUAAGUACGUAAGUGCAGAGGAUGGAGGGAGUUCCUGCGUCGUCACCGUAGACAGGGAAGUAGCUAGUAAUUGGGAAACCUUCAGAUUAUGGAGAGUGUCUCAAUCGGAAUUUCAGUUUCGGACCCAUAAUGGACAGUUCCUAUCCUGUGGUGGAGAAGGGGCUUCUGUCUCCGUAACAUCAAAUUACCCGUCUUCGACAGAAACAUUUUCUAUUGUAAGGAGUAGCAAUGAUCGAGUUCAUAUUAAACUAUCAAGCGGUACAUAUUUGCAGGUGUCUUCUGGAAAUGAGCUCAAAGCAGACUAUAUAGGGAUCCCAGAAUGGGAAGAUAAUGCAGCCACAUUUGAAAUGACUUUUGAAGGUGGAAAGGUCAUGCUUGGAGAGUACCAGCUGACCAAUGGGUAUGGAUAUGAAAAGGCGACAGAAGUACUUAAUGAACAUUGGAGCAGCUAUAUUACACAAGCAGACUUUCAGUUUCUUAGCGAAAACGGUAUAAACACCGUGAGAAUUCCUGUUGGGUGGUGGAUUGCUCAAGAUCCCAACCCACCGGCUCCUUAUAUUGGGGGAAGUUUGGCAGCUCUUGAUAAUGCAUUCAAAUGGGCACAGGAGUACAACAUUAAAUGCAUAGUCAACCUUCAUGCAGUUAUUGGUUCCCAAAACGGAUGGGAGCACAGCGCUAGUCGAGAUGGUUCUGUGGACUGGGGAACAUCUGAUGAAAACAUCCAGCAAAGCCUUGAUGUGAUAGAAUUUCUAGCUUCCAGAUAUGGAAGCGAUCCUGCUCUAUUGGGGAUUCAACUUUUGAAUGAACCAAAAUCUUCUGAAGUUCCCUUCUAUGUCUUACAAGAUUACUACUCAAAGGGAUACAAUAUUGUGAGGAAAUAUUCAGCUACAGCUUACGUGAUUAUGUGUCAGUUUGUUGACACAGACCCAACGGAGCUUUAUCAUGCGAUUGCCAAAUUGGGUUUAUCAAACGUAGUGUUGGAUUUGCACUUCUACAAUCUCUUCCAUCCAAAAUUUGAUAAGAUGGGCUCAACUGAGAAUAUAGAAUUCAUAAAAGACAGCAGGAAAGCUCAAGUGGAUUCCCUAAACACUGCUAAUGGCGAUGGACCACUAGUUUUUAUUGGGGAGUGGGUAAAUGAAUGGAGUUUUAGAGACGGUUCUGAGGAGAAUUAUCAGGACUUUGGUAGAGCACAGUUAGAUGUUUACGGUUCAGCUUCUUUUGGAUGGGCAUAUUGGUCAUUCAAGAAUGUUAAUGAUCAUUGGAGUCUCGAGUGGAACAUCAAGAACAAAAUCAUGCAGUUAUAGGUCAUCAAACUUCACUUGGAGAGCAUUGGUUCAUUGGAUGCUCGUAACUCAUCCAAAGCAAUUUGUGGUUAUUCGUAUUGGCAAGUAGAUAUUUAUACUUGCACAGAGAUUGUAAUACAAUAAAACCUCUCUUUAAGAGAAAACUUUAUACAAGUCACUGAGUGUAUGGUCCCUGCUUGUGUCAGUUUUUAGUGUAUAUUGUAAUAAGUUCGGUGUGAACGAAUUUGCAGACAUGAUAUGUUGCAUCGGAGAAGAUGAAGUAAAGAAAAUAUUGCAGCAUAUAAAUUUUAUACACAUUGUUAAUCCA